AUGGCUUUUCCCCUCCCGCGGGGCAUUACGCCCCCGGAGAUAUCCUUUCUCGCUGAAAUGGAGAUGGUCACCAUCCUUCCUCGUCAACGUUUGGAGGGAUUAGAGCUUCUCGGUGGCCCCGUUGAGCCUCUCCUGCCGCCUCGACGCGCUUCUCUUCCCCUCUGGCUGGCUCUCCUUCUCAAACGCCAACGCCGCGCAAAUAUCCUUCCUCCGCCCUGGCUCCAUCCAGAAUCUCUGUCCCUCAUCCUCGAAAUUGAAACCCAACACCAUGAGUACCAGCAUGCAUUCUCCCCACCACCUCCACUCCCGGGCCAACCAAGCCUUCGGGAUCGCGGAAAACGACCCGUCGCUAUGCCUCGCUAUACCCCAGAUGGCGGACGGUACUACCCAGCACCGCCAUUCCUGCCUCAGAAUGUCGCGCAGGACCAUGUUCCAUCUGGCGAGCCUCCGUCAUUGCCAUUCCACUGGUUAGAGGUUGGAACGAUGCUUCUUGAUGCCGCCAGCGAUGAUUUGGUGGACCCGGACCAGACCCGGAGGCUCUUGAAAGAGCUGCGCGAGGUGCGAACAGCGAAGAUAAGAUCAGGCGUGGAUGUGCUAGAUGCUGCUUCCACUGGUGGGGGUGGAGUAGCCUUAACCGGUGUCGGGGCCAUGGAGGUUGGAGAGGGAAGAGGGUUCAUUGCCGGUGUUGUCGAUGGACUAAGGAAAAUUGGCGCUUCAAAAGAGCAGGCGCGGAGAGAACAGAUGGCAGAAGAUAUGGCCAAUGGUGGAUAUGACGCUACGCAAGACGACGAUGACGAUAUGGAGUUCUAA